AUGGCAUCGACGCCGUGUCCGUACGCAGAGGCGGGUGCCAAGGUGCUCGUGGCCGACGACACCUGCGCCGGCGGUGUCUGCGUCGUCAACAGCAAGUGCAAAGUCGUGGACCGCUUCAACGACACUUUCGACACGUUUAGCAAUCUCAGCGCCAUCGGGCGAUUCGACAAGUACACCAGGACUGCACUCACCGUGGAAGAUUCGGCGAGCGUCGACCUGCGCCUCAUGGAGCUGCCACCGAGCGUCACGUCGCUAACUUUCAGUGAUAUCGAGUCGUUGGACCUCACGCGCACCAAGCCGUUGCUUACCUUGACCAAAGUAUGGAUGGAGUAUGUCUCGUUGAAGACGUUACCGGCGACGUAUGUGUGGCCGCCCAAGCUCUUUGACUUAGCGAUCACGUUUAGCGACCUCUCGCGUAUCCCCCCGAACUUGCCCCCUAGCUUGGGAUCGCUAAACCUCGAGAUGAGCAACAUUUCGAGCCUCCAGAACCUACCACCCAACGUGACCCUCCUGGGCCUGCGAGACAACUACUUGACCGAAAUCGUCGGCCACGACUGGACGAGCAUGGCGCUAUUGGACUUAGCGCGCAACCCACUACAUACCUUUGCCUUUGUCAAGCUCUCGCGUGCGCUCACCAUGUUGUACGAUCCAUUUCUGUAUCUUUACGGAAAUCACUGUGUGUAUCGUAGCAGCUGCGAAGGCUGCAACUUGACCAACUUGACCGUGUCGGACUCGACGUUUGAAGUGCUCAAGCAGCUCCCGCAAUGGGAUCGCAACGAGGACCAGCCCUACGGCUACAUGAUGGACAGAUCGGUGCACCCGGACCCUGUCGCCUGCCGCGCCAUCCACGGGUCGAUCCAGAUGCUUUGGUCGAUCUACAAGGGAACCAUCAACGCCUGUGUCGUUCCAGAAGCGGCCCCCUCGCCCUCAUUGGCCCCCUCACCGCCUACAAACCCCAACACGGACUUUCGGUUUGGUGUGUACUGCGGCAUUGGCGCCACUCUCGGUGUCUUGCUGAUCGUCCUUGGUGCUCUGCUUUUCUGGCGCCGACGUCGCUCGCACGACGACGACCUCGACGACGUACCCGAUUCGGGUGCCGAUGCGCGCACGCAGUCGCAGCCACGCCGCCGACGCCCACAGCGCGCCCUUGGCCAACGUGAGGCUGGUCCCGAGCUCGACAUUGCCGCGCUUCGGCCGUACAAGCUUGCGCUGCACGAGCUCACGACAGUCUCGCAGCGGCCGCUCGGCGCAGGUGCGUUUGGCGAAGUCUGGCUCGGCGAACACCAGAACGAGCAAGGCUGCCAUGACCAUGGGAGAGUGAUGCAGAGAGAAAUGGGUCGCUGCGGUGGCGCACUAGCACUCGAGUAG